CAUAAACCUCCCACGUUCUUCUCCCGCCAAAAUUUGAACUUACCCUUCUAUUCUACCCAUCACCUCAAUCUUCUCUGUCUCUUUUGGAUCCAGACUCCAUCAGCCUUGGAUAUCCAUCAUCAUCAUCAACUCUUACUCAAUACCUUCUACCAUCAUCCAAUCUCAUCCCGUUCGCAUCUUCAACAUGAAGGCCGAACACUUCAUCGCUCUUGCCGCCUUUGACAUGAAUGUCUUCGGUUCUGCUGCCGCUCUCAAAGAGGGCCCCAAUGAUGGAGUUCCGAAUGCCAAUGACAAAGUCAUUGCUGCUCUUCAAGCACGUGGUGUCCCAUUGGGAGAGAUCAAAGACCUUGUCAAACUCGUUCCUCGUGAUACCGUCACUGUCACCACUACUGCCGACUGUGGUCCUACCUUUGCUCCCUAUGGCGAACCAUCUACUACCAUCAUGUCGACUGUCUUCUCUACCUACAUGCCACCUGCAGUCGGAACCACUGGAACCUCGGCUACUGCUGCGACUACCCCUCUGACCACUCCUGUGUUCACUAACACCGUUGUCACUUCAGAGACUUCGGUUGCCACUGCAAGUGUUCCAGCCACUGAGGUCACCACCCCUGCAGUCACCACUCCUGAGGUGAACACUGUCGCGACCACUCCAACUGCUGAGACCACCAAUGUCGUCACCACACCUGGACCCAGCACUGGCAUCGAGACAACAUCCUCCGAGACCACUCCGAUGACCACCAAUACUCCCACCGGAAGCAACACCCAUGCCACUGUCACUACUCCGCCUGCGCCCACUGCUAAUGUUGCUGGCACUGCAGGUAUCCAUGUCGGCUUGGGCCUCUUUGGUCUUCUUGCUGUCUUGGUCAUGGCCUAAGUGUGCACAUGAUACUCUGACACUCUUUGCAGCUAUGUCUGCCAUGUAAUCAACAUGCUACAUACGCAUCUGCAAGUGGAGUCAGUAAUAGAUCUCAUCAAAUGAGAUUUUCACUGGAGUCAAGGUCACAAAAGAGCUUUUACAAAUGUUUUCCAAAGGGGUGGUUCACCACAAUUGCACUUGGGUUGCCACAUUCUUCACUAUGUUUUCAAGCUCGGCCAAUUGGUUUGGUGGACAUUCGUGGUCAUGGGUGUAAAGCGCCUCUGCAAGUUGGAUGAAGGAUCGGUCUAAUUGCUAUUGCAACCUAAUACGGUUCGCAUCACAACGUGUUUCCAUAACAAAAGGUACCUUGACUUCCAUAAUAACAAAAACAAA